GUGAGUAAGCUAAUGGGGUGUCAUGGGGCCUCCUUGGGAGGGGCAGGGCACACGGAAGAGGACGACUGUGAGCAGCAUUGGCUGGGUGAGGGGUGAAGUCAGCCGUGGCUGGACCCGAGUGAAGAACGUGGACAGCAAUGGCCCUGCCCUUCCAUCUGGCUUGGCUUUGAAGACCAGCUCGCUGACAGCUUUGAGCCUUUUGAAGUCCCGGAGUUGGCCAGAUUGAUGGAUGCUUAGGGAGAUAGUAGAGUCCAAACAAGCAAACCCAAGGGACACUGGGGGAAGCAGCAGAUGGAGAAGCCUGGAAUGGUCCCCCCUCCGCCGGGAGAGGAAAGCCAGACCGUCAUCCUUCCACCGGGCUGGCAAAGCUACUUGUCCCCCCAGGGCCGGCGUUACUAUGUCAACACAACCACCAAUGAGACCACCUGGGAGCGCCCCGGAAGUUCUCCUGGGAUCCCAGCCAGCCCUGGCACUCAGAGGAGCCCUGUGCCUCCGACAGUGAAUGGAUACCACGCAUCAGGGACCCCAGCGCACCCUCCCGAGACUGCCCACAUGAGUGUCCGAAAAUCCACCGGUGAUCCCCAGAACCUGGGAUCCUCGUCACCAGGCAAAAAACAGAGCAAGGAAAACACCAUCACGAUAAACUGUGUGACAUUCCCUCACCCAGACACGAUGCCAGAGCAGCAGCUGCUGAAACCAACAGAGUGGAGCUAUUGCGACUAUUUCUGGGCUGAUAAGAAGGACCCCCAAGGCAACGGCACGGUGGCUGGGUUUGAAUUGCUGCUUCAGAAACAACUGAAGGGCAAACAGAUGCAGAAGGAAAUGUCAGAAUUCAUUCGGGAAAGGAUAAAGAUUGAAGAAGAAUAUGCGAAGAACUUGGCUAAGCUCUCUCAGAACUCCUUGGCUGCACAGGAGGAAGGCUCCCUGGGAGAAGCGUGGGCGCAGGUGAAGAAGAGCCUGGCGGACGAGGCCGAAGUUCACCUCAAGUUCUCCGCCAAGCUUCACAGCGAGGUAGAGAAGCCCCUGAUGAACUUCCGGGAGAACUUCAAGAAAGACAUGAAGAAGUGUGACCACCACAUCGCUGACCUCCGCAAGCAGCUGGCCAGCCGCUACGCUGCAGUGGAGAAGGCCCGGAAAGCCCUCACGGAGCGGCAGAGAGACCUGGAGAUGAAGACCCAACAGCUGGAGAUCAAGCUGAGCAACAAGACGGAGGAGGACAUCAAGAAGGCUCGGAGGAAGUCCACGCAGGCUGGAGAUGACCUCAUGCGCUGUGUGGACCUCUACAACCAGGCACAGUCCAAGUGGUUCGAGGAGAUGGUGACCACCACAUUGGAGCUGGAGCGGCUGGAGGUGGAGAGGGUAGAGAUGAUCCGGCAACAUCUGUGCCAGUACACACAGCUGCGGCAUGAGACAGACAUGUUCAACCAAAGCACAGUCGAGCCUGUGGACCAACUGCUUCGAAAAGUGGACCCAGCCAAAGACAGGGAGCUGUGGGUCAGAGAGCACAAGACGGGCAACAUCCGCCCUGUGGACAUGGAGAUCUAGACGGGCCCCUGCGGCCCCGAGGUCCCGCUGAGGAGCAAGGAGCGGGGCUGGGGGUCCCCUGGAGAGGAGGUGGUUCCCGCCCUGGGGCCUGCUGACAGGUGGAGCUGCCCUCCCGCCCGCUCCCCUGGUCCCCUGAGGACAGGGAGGGGUGUGGCUCAGCUAGUGAUUCCCGAAGGGCACCCUGGAUGGCCUUGCUGGGAGGUCCCUAGUGUCCCCAGGCCAAGAAGAUGGCUCCACAGCCCCGCCCUUGUCUCUGAGGCCGAAGACCCCCGAAUCCCAUGCUGCGCUUGCCCUUUGAGAACAAACCGAGGCUGGAACUGUGUGGCCCCUGCUGAGUGCCACAGGGUUCCUCUCCCCCCAGAGCCUGCUGUGUCACAUGCCUGUGCCCCUGGAAGCUCCAAGGUCCUCCCUCCAGCUGGCCUCGUGUCUCCAGGGCUUUGGAGGGUCAGGGGAGGGGUCUGUUCUCCAAGCCGAGUGUCAGGAUCACAGUUGCGGAUAGAAGGCACCGUUCAGCUCAACAGCCCGCACUCAGAACCCUUUGCAGCCUCCCCCUUCGUUUUCCCUUUGCAUUCUGGGAGUCCACAUCCUGGCUCUUCUCUGUCACCUGUCAUGAUCAAGAGUCUUGGGAAGAAGGCCUGGCUCCUGUCUUCCCAGACUGACCCUGCCUGGAGAGGUCGGGAUGGAACUACCUCAUUCAGCAAAUCAGCCCUCAGUCCGAGCAUUGAAUCGAGUUUCCCAGUAGAUUAGUAUCCUCUGUGACGUCUCCUCUCUCAAAAUCCCAAUCCACCCAACUUUCAGAUGCUCCCACCCACCCCCUCUUUCCACACUCUUAAAGGGGCUGGGUCAGUCCCAUGUGGGAGACGGGGCAAGUCUUUGUCACCCCCCCAGAUGGCUCUGCCUGCUUGUGCAUGGUGACAUGGAUCGCUGUCCCUUGUAUAGCUUUCUCUCUUUGGUGGUCACUCUACAGGCGUUGAAGGCGAACAUGGCCACAGUAGGUUGUCGCCUACGAGGCAGUGUCCACCGCCGUGGCCUCUCGGGGACCUCUGCACAUCCCAGGGCCCUGCAUCAAGCCCCGCUUGGUGCUGGUGCAUCUUCCGCUUUCUUCAUCUCCCAGUCUCUGGGGAAGCCUGGUCUGAGUGUGACCUAGGGAGCUUUCGGGGCUGCCGUCGGGUCCUUGCUCAUCACUUCCUCCUUUUCGAACCACAGCAGACAUGCUGUCCGUUCCCCUACGUCCUGAGAAUCAGUUCGAAAGGACCAGAGGAAGAAGAGAGACCUGGGGGAGGACAUGCAGCCAGCAGGGGGCAGGUCAUAGCCUGGAACCCAUGCCCUGAGCACCAACCCAUCUCGCCGAUUUGAUCCUUUCCAUUGGUGACUUCGGAUUUACAGGGCCCCUGUGUUUCCCGAGAACACAGAAUUCUAAGAGCACAACGCACGGGUCUUUCAGUCUCACGUGCUAGUAUCUGACGACUUCUUAAUCUUGACUCUCUUGGGACCUCUUGCAUUGGGUCAGAAUGGCACUCUCGUAGUUUAUGAUAGAAAGAUGCCGAAUAUACUAAAGCAAACAAACUUUGUCAGUUCUAUUGAAACGUCCCAACCAAAAAGGUCCAUGUGAAAGCCACCAACAGGAAUCUGGCCAUUGCACGGAGAACCCUCCCUCUGGAUCUGGCAAUGGGCCAUGAUACCAGCCACCAACUUCAGGGUGUUCUUUCUUGGUUUCUUGAUUAAAAACAGGUGCUAGUAGCAGCUGCUUUGUGGCUUAGUGACCUAAUUUGUGAAUGAUUUUCAAAUACUCAAAGCCAAUAGCUUUGUUAUGAACACAGAUAUUUGGAGUGGAUUCGCUCAUUGAUUUUGCCUCCUCGUUUCCCUCUGAGGAUUCCAGAACCUUCUGUUCCUCCCUGGGACGGAGGGAGCUCACGUGCCUCUUCCGGGGCAGCCUGAGUGGGCCCAGCGUGGGCCAGUCUGUUUUCUGAAGUCAUCUUUCCCCCUCGUACCCCUCACCUCAGUGGCAUUAGCUUUUUCUCAUUCUCCUUUUUCGUUUUCUGACCUCCUUUAGUCACACACCAAGCAUUUAGCCAGGCGAUGUGCUGAGAUCUGAGGACUGGCUGUGGGCUGACUUUCUGUUACUUUGUGUAAGUUUAUCUCCUCUCCGGGGCGCUUGCAGGCCGGUGGCCUUGGCAUUCACAUUCCGGUGCUCUCUGCAGAAGUGGCUUUUCAGAGAUGCUGUCUGUCGUGCUGAUUUGCAUUCGUUCAUUUAUUUGUUUAUUCAGCAGAUACUCGGGACAAGCCAGACAUUGUGCAGGGACCUAGGAAUGUAGCUGCCUACGACAGACCAUCUCCCUGUCCCCUCUAUUCUCCAUGUAGACAGCGGGAUAUUUUGCCCUUUCUGGAGAAGGAGAACAUUAACCUUCCACAUUUCACCCACUGCAGCCUGUGAUUAUAGUACCAACUACCGUCAUGCGGCCUUUACCCUCUGGGUGGAAGGUGGACAGCAACGAGGGUUCAGUCACCUGGUCGCUAGACCCUCGCAGCCCCACUCCAGCUUGAAUUUCUGAGAUUUCUUUUUGUUUUGAAUAGCUCCUCCCUUGACAGAGGGUGAGUGGGCAGUGUGGGCUGUAAAACUAAUGCAGUGAAUGAACCACAGCUGGAGUGACCGUCCGGGCCCCUGUCCUUGUUCCCCGGGCCCCCUCUGGGUGAAGUGAGGAUGAAGUCUAGAGUAUCUAACAGUGCCCUUGGGGUACCGCUCUAUCCGGGUGGUUAUUGUUUUGCUUUGUUUAUAUUUUGGUGUUUAGGUAAUAGGAGGACUCGGCUGGGUUUAUUCAGAGCGGGCGAGUCUGGGUUAUUCUUGAGCACACCUAUUGUUCCAUUUCCGAGAACAAGUGAGCCCCUCCUGCCUGCCUCCACUUAGUUUUGUCUGUGAAAACCUGAUUUAAAAAAGAAAAAAAAUCUCUGUGGCAAAUGGUGUUCAAAGUAAGCUGGUUGCCAUGACAACCUCCAGGAAAAGCCGCUUGUUCCUCUCUCUUUUCCCCUAGUGUUUUUGAUCACGGCUGCAGAGCCCUGGCCCACCGAAUGGCAGGGAUGGCUGCCCCGGGCUCCUGUCUACCUCCACCCAAGGCCGUUGGUGGGGAGGAUUUCUGCAGCCGCAGGCACUUUCUGCUCCUGGGGCUGAUUAAUGACUGAAGCACAUUCAGGAACCAGGGAUCUGUUUCCAUUCCCUUUGUGAAAACCAAUCAAUUACUAGAUUAGGGGACGGGUGCAUAAAAUCUUGGCUGAGCCCAAGCCCCUUCUUGGAAAUACAAGCCAUAAAAUUCAAAGGACGUCAAAGACCUCGGCUUGUUUAAGUGAGUUUGCUCCCAGCUGCGCGCGGCCUUGACCCGCUGCGUUUACACAGCACUGCAGACCUGCUGGCCAUGGAGGCAGGGGAUGCGCUUCCCAGAUGGUGAGUGGAGCACAGAUGGCGCAUGCUUGCUUGGCCAGCACCCCGUCUCAUCCCCCUUUUCCUUCCCUCCCCAGAAGACACUGCCUUUUCUCUUUCCAGGUUUAUUGAGGUAUUUGACGUACAGUAUUGGGAUUUUUUACAUACAGUAGAAUUCACCCUUUUGAAGUACACAGAUCCGUGAAUCUUGACAAACUUAAACAGCCUUGUAACCACACCCCAAAUCAGCAUAAUGUUUCCGUCACUCCAAAAAUUCCCCCGGAGCCUGGCAGUCAAUCCACUCCUCCCAGCCCCAGCCCUUGGCGACCACGGUUCGAUUUUUUUACCUUACAGUGUUGCCUUUUCUAGAAGAUUGUUGCAUCACCCGUGCUGUUUUGUGUGUCUGAUUUCACCACCAAGUCGUGUUCCGUUGCCUGGGUGUGUCCCACGGCCUCCUUGCUUUCAGAAGAAGUUGUUUGUCCCAGAGGCUCCCGUUCUAGGGUCUUCAGCUAGUUUGCUUGGCUACUUCCAGCCUGUUGCUCCUGCAGCUGCUCCUCCGAACUCCAGCUGUGCCCACAGGCAGUUCCCGGGGCUCGCACUUGCCUUUUCGGUUCACGUUAGGGUUUGA